AUGCUGAAGACCAUAGUAUCCACCUUCCACACCGUGAUGGGCUCCUCGCUCUCCCUUUCCUCGCAAUCCGCCGUCGACACCAUCUCCCACUGGCGCGCUAAGCCGGACCACGAGCUGAUCUUUGACUCCGGCCGCCGCGACGUGCGCCACUACUUCGAAGCCGUUGACCGCCUCCGCCAGCCGUCGCCGCCCCCCUCCGGCGCCCCCAGGGUCGGCUUCACCGCCGAGCUGGUGUCCAUCGCCAUGGCCCGGCUCCGCCACGAGUUCGGCGCCGUCCUCGACCGCUGGUCCGACAGCCAGGCCGUGGCCCCCGUCUCCACCACCGAGUCCACUUUCGCCACCGACAGCACGGCCUAUCUGUUCAGGUACGAGGAAUACGUGGCCCACGAGCCGCCGAACGACGACGUGGUCGCUUACCUCAGAAACAUUGCUCAGAGAAUGAGCUCCAACGACGAUGUCAGGGAGUGCGUCGACGUCUACCGGCGCGUGAGGCGGAAUUUCUUGCAGGGGCAGCUCAAACGACUGCGUUUUGAGGAGCUGAGCAGCUCGGCCCUCGGCACGAGACGGCACACGUGGGACGAGCUGAAGGUAAAAAUGGAAUCUUGGGCUCAAGUCUGCAAGAUUUGUGUUAAAAUCUUGUUUGAGAUGGAGAAAAAACUGUGUCACCUCAUUUUUCAGGGGCUUGUUCUUGUAGAUGACAUUAAUUCCUGCAAUAAUUAUGCAGAAGAUCUCUGCUUUGUGGGCACAGUUCAAGAUUUUGCCUUUAGCCUGUUUUCCUUUGUUGUUGCUGAGGCAAUAAUCAAUCAGCCCUAUGAGAGAAUGGUUUAUGUGUUAGGGGUUUACAGUGCUUUUGUUUGGGUUCUGCCUAGUGCUAAUGCCCUCUUCAGCUCCGAAUUAGGACUCGGGAUUCGAAACAAAUGCUCGGAAAUUCUCUCGGUUAUCGAGCAGGAUUCGGCCCGAAUGCUGCAUGAUUUCGAGCGCUGUGUCCUAAAUGAGGUCUCGAUUUAUCCGGUCGACAACCGGGGUUCGGUCUGUCAAUUGACGACGUACGUGACGGAGCAGAUCGCAAUUAUCGAGCAAAACAGGGACCUACUCGCGAAUUUGAUAAAACGGGCCCCCUCGUUCGAUUUUGGGGAUCUCGCGGAGGACACGAGUGGGCGCAAUUUCCUCGAGACACACGUGAUCUUGAUCGUCUCGAUUUUGCUGACGAAUCUCGAUUCCAAGCGCCAGGCCCACACGAAUUCCUCGUCGGGCCUUCUGUUUAUGGCGAACAACUUCCAACACGUUUUACAGAGAAUCGAAGGCUCGGAAGGGCUAAGGCGAAUGGUCGGGGAAUCUUAUGUGGCGAAAUUGGUCGAGGGUUCGAAGGCCGCGCUCGGGAAUUUCGUGGGGUCCGCUUGCGCCGGGUUCGAGGCGUGCUUUGAGGACAAGGGUCUUUAUGUCACGUGGUGUUGCAAACCUAGGCUUUCGCGAAGUGCGGUUAGGAGGAGGAUUAGGGAUUUUAACCGCGCGUAUGAGGAGUUCCGGGCUUUGGGCUUGUCGUGGGUUGUGCCAGACCCGGAGAUGAGAAACGAGUUGCGUUGUAAGUUGCACGAGAAUUUGGUGCAGGCCUAUGCCGAUUUUCUCGACAAUUUGAGAAGUAGUUCCGAGACGAGUUUUGUGUUCAAGUACUCGGCCGAGGAUUUCAAGGUUUUGAUCUGGGAAGAGUUGUUUAAGGAGAGUUGA